AUGGUGACCACCGGCGUCUACAAGUCCGCGGAUCAGGGGGAAGCUGGAGAACAUAGGUUUAGAGUAGGACAAGGGUUGCUAGAAAGGUUUACAAAGGACUCCUCAAGGUUCAAGGAUGAAUUAAAUAUCAUGAAGUUCAUUUGCAAAGAUUUUUGGACCACUGUUUUCAAGAAACAAAUUGAUAAUCUAAGGACAAAUCAUCAGGGCAUCGCAUUUACAUGUGGCUUAAUCAGAGGUGGCUUAUCAAAUUUGAGGAUAAAAAGUAUUGUGACAGCUGAAGAGUCAGCAAUGCCAGCGUGUGAAUUCCAAGUGAUGAUAUAG